ACAAUCGACACAAACACAGUAAACAGAAAGCUCAAACUGUCUGACAACAACAGGAAGGUGACACGUGUGGAGGAGUAUCAGUCACAUCCUGAUCAUCCAGACAGAUUUGACUUCUGGUCUCAGCUGCUGUGUAGAACUGGUCUGACUGGUCGCUGUUACUGGGAGGUCGAGUGGAGAGGAAGAGUUAAUGUAUCAGUGAGUUGCAGAGGAAUCGGGAGGAAAGGAGACAGUUUAGACUGUUUGUUUGGACACAAUGAUCAGUCCUGGAGUCUGAACUGCUCUUAUAAAGGUUACUAUGUCCGUCACAAUGAGACAGUAACACCCAUCAUCUCCUCCUCCUCCUCCACCUCCUCCUCCUCUCAUAGAGUAGCAGUGUAUGUGGACUGUCCUGCUGGCUCUCUGUCCUUCUACAGAGUCUCCUCUGACACACUGAUCCACCUCCACACCUUCAGCACCACAUUCACUGAACCUCUUUAUCCU